CGUUGACUCUGGAACCGUCUGAGCUCCAGCGUUAUCAUCAUUCACCCUUGUUACACGCUGUGUUCCUUGUAGCUCCACACAGAUUCGAUUUUUUUGGAAUAUUUAUCGAUUAAACAACCACUAACGACGUAAAGAAGACUAUCGGAGGUAAUUGAUAAACCGACAGUUUUCACCGUUGUGUGUCAGGCCUUUUGAUGAAGCUCUUUAACUUUGCAACUAUGCAAUGCACAAUCACCCGAGUUGUGAGUCGAGUUCUGCUGUAUAAACGGUUCGGACCGCUGAUGGAGACGCAGAGAGACGCGCACUUCGGGGCGCACCGGAGGAUGGUGGUGGGUUUGGGGAACCCGGGGAUGGAUGCCACCCGGCACAGCGUGGGCAUGGCAGUGCUUGGUGCACUCGCUGCCCGCCUGGAACUCGCCCACUGUUGGCAUGUUGACAAGCAAGUGUCUGGUGAGGUCAUCGUCACAACAAUCCAGGACAUUCCAGUAAUUCUCCUCCGACCCAAACUACCGAUGAACAUCAAUGGGGUGUCGGUGGCCAGGGCAGCGGUGAAAUACGGCGUGCGGGCAGAAGACAUCUUGCUGGUCCACGACGAACUAGACAAAGCACUGGGAAAGACGGCCUUCAAAAAUGGAGGCAGCGCCAGUCCUCUUUCCAGUGGUCACAACGGUGUGCGUUCCUGCGUGGACACGCUGCAGAGCAACGUGAUGCUGCGGCUGAGGGUGGGCAUCGGGAGGCCGGAGGGGAAGACGUUGGUGGAGCGCCACGUGCUGGGCUGCUUCUCCCGCUCCGAGGAGCCGCUGGUGGCGGCUGUGCUGCAGCGCAGCGUGGACCUGCUGCUGGCCUGGCUGGCCCCCACACACCGAAGGUCCCGGGCCCACCAGCAGGGGGGGGACAAACCCCGGGAGCCAGCAGAGUUUCCUAAACCCUUACAUUAAUUUAGACUAUAGAGAGCAUCUAGCAGUUUGUACUAACAAUUGUACAUUUGUCAGAAAAAGCUGAAACAAUAUAUCGCUGUCGGUACAUUAAGGAACCAGGGCAUGGACCUUGACCCAGGGCAGGGACCCUAACCCCUGGAGCCUGGACCCGGGCUGAGCUGGGAAACCGCCCGCAGUGGACUUUAAAAUGUUUGCUCUGAUUACUUCUAUAAAGAUUAUCAUUUUAAUAAGUUUCCCUCUUUUGCUGUUUGAACCCGGAACCCCUCUGGUCCCUGCAAGCUUAGACCAGCGGGACUAUCUUCUAUAUGUUAGAGCUAUGAUAAAGACACCUCCACUCUGA